AGUUCUGAUUCCAGCGUGUCCGUGGCGCUAUCCUUCAGCGACGUGGCGGCAGGGGUUAUCAUCCCGCAAGGGGGCACCAUCGAACCGCCAGGUAGCGACAGCGACGAGGGGUCGCCCUCGGCCAACUCUGCCGCCGAGUGUGACAGACAGGCCAGCGAGGUUGGCCACCACGAAAAUGACAUUCGCAGGGAAUUUGCCUCACGGUCGCAGGAAGAUCUUUAUGAAAAUAUUCUCCCUUAUAGACUGGCCCCCACACUGCCUGCCGCUUUCGUUGCUGGCCGCUGGAGUCCUUGCAGUGACUCCACUACCCUCACACCAGCCUCGACGCCACGGCUUCCUCGCAGACGAACUCCAACGCCCACCACAACGUGCCCGAGAACACCCAGUGCUAAGCGACGGUUCCCAGGUCGUAGACGCAUUUCCAGUGCCAGACCUGCUUCCAGUACGCCGCCUCCGGCCAGACAGAACCUCAGCGGAAGCCUUGAUGAGAUAGCUGGCACAAAAGCAGAUAGAGGACCAGGAUUACGACUGCGCACUGGACCUUCCAGCCUGGAUUUUAUGCGUCCUCAGAGUGCCAGUUCAUCUCUAGCAUCUUCGGGAGCCACUUACAGGAUCUCAAGACUCACUUCAGGACUUGCAAGAAGCCAGUCGAUGCGCUCUUCUGUGGGUGGUGUCGGUUCCUCGGCGGGAGGAAACAGUCCGCGAGACCCAAACGGUGUGUGGAGCCCCAGACUUCUUCCUCAGCACAGAUCUAUCAGCACAGUUUCUCUCGCCGAUUCGCAAAUUCUGUCGAAAUUCAUGGAUGGGUUAGAGAACACAGAGGUUCCGGUGCGUGAUCUUCGCAUCCUCGAGAUGCUAGCAAUGAAACACGAGAAACAUUUCGCCGAGGAGCAGCGGUCCCAUAUGGCUCACAGGGCGUGGUUCUUGCAGAAGGAAAGGGAUCAGAAGGAAGCGGCUGCUCAGUGGGCAGAAUGGCGUUCACACGUGAACGAAAAGCGUCGGCUUGAGAACGAAGAGAACGAGAGGAGGUGGAAGAAGAACGAAGAAUUCUAUUUGCAGAGUCAAGAAAAUCUUGCUCAUCACUUAUACAGCAAGGAGCGCCGGUCGAGGGAACUCUUGGACUUGCAGCUGGAGUCAAGGAGACGCCGAUUAGAGGAGCGACGUGGCGCUGAAUCCGCCAGGAAGGCGGCGCAGGAGGCGUGCCUGAGGGCGAGGGAGGAGGCCGAAGAGAGGAAGAGGCAGCAUCUGAUCCAACUCUGGGAACAGCAGCAACAACUCGUCGAACAGAGGAAGAGGGAGCGAGAAGAGUUCUUCAGGAAGACUUUUGCAGUGGUCGCCAAAGACUUUGGAAAGCCGAGGAGGCGUUUAGAAGAUUCUUCUGAAAAGGAAAAGACAGUUAAAAGAAACAGCGACUGUUAUUUUUCAGAUACUUUGAAAGAAGAAGUACAGUGCGACACUUAA